GCUGUUGGAACGCGCUUGAUGACGUACAGCUUGCGGAAGCAUUUCACUCGCGCCUCGCAGUGCAAUGCCGUCGCUACUUAUUUCAGCGGCCGUGACCUUUCUCACUUUCCUUGCUUUGGCUGACCCCAUUGACAAGUCGGCAAAGAGCCUCAAGGAAAUGGAAAGCCUUUGUUCACCGGUUCUAUUGACACACGCUACACCGUGAGGACCGCGGUCGAUGUUCGAGUUCCCAAUAGAAACCGUCUAUUUCCUGUCAAGGUUGAAGCACCUGAAUGCCACGCCUUUUAACUAGCAAUGAGGCUUUUCACCUUUGCUUGGCUUCUACAAACCACUCUUGCCGUGACGUCACCUCUGGACUUGUGCACUCCUGAUCUGCCAUACCAAAGAUUCCACGUGAGAAUCCUGUUUCUUUGCAUACGAGGAGCUGCAUCGGAUUUGCUGGUGCAGCAGCUUGAUCACCUGAGAACAGACGUGCUUCAGUGCCGCGAUGACUUCUGCCUUGUGAACAACUUGUGCCUAAGGGGUCAGCUGGAACCAGAGUUGGCAAAAUACCUGGCUGCCAACCUGAUGCGUGAACUUCAAUGUCUGGCACAGUUUUGCACCACGCCAUCGGAAAACGAGCUGGUUGAGCAGGACUUUGGGACAAAUAACACUGACAUCGUGCAUUGCAGGAACAGGAUUUUGAUUUGAAUCACUCUUAAGUAUGUCAGCCAGGGGAAAAACAACAACACAAAAGGCAAUAGUUGCUGAUAACUUAAAAAUUUCUCAUUUAACUAAGUCUAAGUCUUCGGUAAAUGCCUAGAUCGCGUCGAAGUAAACUAUCAUAACACCUCAAGGCCCUAGUAGAUGUGAAGCGUAUGGCGAAUAUAUAUACAUAAGAAAAGAUAUUGCAGGGACCACCCAGAAAUCUGGACUGAAACGGAAUAAUGUCCAAGUAAAAGUUUUAAAUAACUUCACUUAAUAAUCAAGGUUCCGUUGCGAAAGCAAAAAAAAAAAGGUGCUGUCCCCCAAAUCCACCAAAAUGGAAAAUAUUUACGUAAUUUCAGUUGAAGUGGAAUAAGGCAAACACGUUCGCGAUUUCCCCUAUCCAAGCACGUUUCUGACUUCAACAUUUUAAGCAUGCUUCUGAAAUAAACGUUUUGU